AUGGCCGGGGCGGCGGCGGCGGGCGGGGAGCGGCGGGCGGCGCUGACGGCGGUGCGGACCGAGGGCACGGGGACCACCGGCAGCGGGACCCCCCCCCCGCCGCCGCCGCCGCCGCCCCGCCGCCGGGGGCUGCUGGCGGGGCCGCGCCCCGGGGCCGCCCCCCGCCCCGCCGGGGCCCCGCGCUGCUGCCGCCGCCGCCUCCAGAACUGCCUCUACAACGUGCUGGAGCGGCCCCGCGGCUGGGCUUUCAUCUACCACGUCUUCAUAUUCCUCCUGGUCUUCAGCUGCCUGGUGCUGUCAGUCUUCUCCACCAUCCAGGAGCACCAGAAACUGGCCAACGAGUGCCUCUUCAUCCUGGAAUUCGUGAUGAUCGUGGUGUUCGGCAUGGAGUACAUCAUCCGUGUGUGGGCCGCCGGCUGCUGCUGCCGCUACCGCGGCUGGCGCGGCCGGUUCCGCUUCGCCAGGAAACCCUUCUGCGUGAUCGAUUUCAUCGUCUUCAUCGCCUCGGUGGCCGUCAUCGCCGCGGGCACGCAGGGCAACAUCUUCGCCACGUCGGCGCUGCGCAGCAUGCGCUUCCUGCAGAUCCUGCGCAUGGUGCGCAUGGACCGCCGCGGCGGCACCUGGAAGCUGCUGGGCUCCGUCGUCUACGCCCACAGCAAGGAGCUGAUCACCGCCUGGUACAUCGGCUUCCUGGUGCUCAUCUUCGCCUCCUUCCUCGUCUACCUGGCCGAGAAGGACGCCAACGUCCAGUUCGCCACCUACGCCGAUUCCCUCUGGUGGGGCACGGCCCCCCGCUGCUCUGCCCCCCGGCAGGUGACCCUGACCACCAUCGGCUACGGGGACAAAGCGCCGCAGACGUGGCUGGGCCGGAUGCUGGCGGCCGGCUUCGCCCUGCUCGGCAUCUCCUUCUUCGCCCUGCCCGCCGGGAUCCUGGGCUCCGGCUUCGCCCUCAAAGUGCAGGAGCAGCAUCGGCAGAAGCACUUUGAGAAGAGGCGGACCCCGGCGGCCAACCUGAUCCAGGCUGCCUGGCGCCUGUACUCCACGGAUGUCAGCCGGCUGUACCUGACAGCGACCUGGUGUUACUACGACAGCCUCCUGCCCGCCUUCAGAGAGCUGGUUCUUAUGUUUGAGCAUUUGCACCGGGUUCGCAACGGAGGAUUUAGGAAUUCAGAGGUGAAAAAAUGGCCUGACAGAUCCCCACCGCCCUAUCACUCCUUCACCCCUGCCCAGAAAAGCUUCAGCCUGGCCGUGUGCUCAGGGGAAAGCAACAAGAUGGGCAUCAAGGAGCGGAUCCGGCUGAGCAGCUCGCAGCGCCAGGGCAGCCGCGGCCGGCAGCAGCCCCUGGGGCCGCCCCUGCACCGCUCCCCCAGCCCCGAGGACGUGGCCGAGGCCUCCAGCCCCACCAAGGUGCAGAAAAGCUGGAGCUUCAACGACCGCACCCGGUUCCGAGCAUCCCUCAGGCUCAAGCCGCGGACCCCGGCUGAGGGCGACUGCCCGCCGGAGGACAGCGGCGAGGAGAGGAGCUCCCCGUGCGAGCUGACCUUCGAGGACAUCAUGCCGGCGGUGAAGACCCUCAUCCGGGCCGUCAGGAUCCUGAAGUUCCUGGUGGCCAAGAGGAAGUUCAAGGAGACCUUGCGUCCCUACGACGUCAAGGAUGUCAUCGAGCAGUACUCGGCCGGACACCUGGACAUGCUGGGCAGGAUCAAGAGCCUGCAGACGCGCGUGGACCAGAUCGUGGGCAGGGAUCGGGCGCUGCCCGCGGACAAGAAGGUUCGGGAGAAGGGGGAGAAGCCGGCGCCGGAGGCGGAGCUGGUGGACGAGCUCAGCAUGAUGGGGCGCGUGGUCAAAGUGGAGCGGCAGGUGCAAUCCAUCGAGCACAAGCUGGACCUGCUGCUCGGCCUCUACUCGCGGUGCCUCCGCAAGGGCUCCGCCACCUCCUUGGUGCUGGCCGCAGUGCGGGCGCCGCCCGGCGAGCCCGACAUCACCUCCGACUACCAGAGCCCCGUGGAGCACGAGGACAUCUCCGCGUCCGCCCAGAGCCUCAGCAUCUCCCGCUCGGCCAGCGCCAACAUGGACUGA